CUCGGUUACUUGAGACUCCAACUACUCGGAUACUCGACUACUUAUCGACUAAGUAGAACUAGGAUGAACAGGAACGGAGGUAAUGGUGGCUUCGGAUUCGGAACCGGACCACCGGGACCUCCCAACGGGGGAGGAGGAGGAGGAAGUUGGAACGGAGGGCAAGGUAACCAAGGAGGAUGGAACGGGGCAAAUCAAGGGGGAUGGAACAAUAAUGGUAGUGGAGGCUGGAAUAACGGGAAUGGAGGAAGUUCGGGCGGAUGAAACAAUGGAAACGGAGGAGGAUGAGGAUGGAACAAUGCAAACGGAGGAGGAAACUGGAAUGGAAAUGGUUGGAACAACGGAGGGGGAUGGAACAACAGAGGUGGAGGACAACGGAGGGGACCAAAGUGUUACAAUUGUCGCCUUUUCGGCUAUAUCUCUUGUGAAUGCAAUGCGCCACGUCAGAACAACCAAGGACAGCAAGGGACUAUGGCUCAUACGCAGUAUCAAGGACCUCAGGCGAUGGAAGCAGCGAGCAGCUCCUGUGCCGAAGCUACGACUCUCGAUUCCCGAGGCCACCGAACGCAAGCGUCAGCUUGAGGAACUCCUGAGACUGGGUUUCAUUAAACCCAGCAACUCCCCGUGGGGUGCACCCGUCCUCUUUGCUCGCAAAGCGGCUGAAACUCUUCGUCUCUGCAUCGACUACCGCGGUCUCAACCGCUACACGGUUAAGAACAGCUACCCCAUGCCUUGUUACGAUGAGCUGUUCGACCGCCUAGCAGGCAACCGCUUCUUUACGAAGAUUGAUCUUCGUAGCGGUUACCAUCAGAUCCGCGUCGCUGCAGCCGACCAGCCGAAGACCGCGUUCCGAUCGCGCUUCGGCCACUACGAGUUUACUGUGAUGCCAUUCGGCCUCACCAACGCACCCGCCACCUUCAAGAGGGCGAUGAAUGACAUCUUCAGGGACAUCCUGGAGCAGUACGUUCUCGUUUACCUCGACGAUAUCUUGGUCUACAGUCGUACCCUUGAGGAGCACCUCAGACACCUCCGCGACGUCCUUGACCGCUUGCGCAGACAUGGUUUCUACGCCAAGCUCAGCAAGUGUGAUUGUCCGAUAGCCUUCUACUCACGUCAGCUCCUGCCCACCGAGAUAAACUACACUGCUGAUGAACGUGAGGUUCUCGCAGUAGUUUAUGCCGCUCGGCACUGGCGUCACUACCUGCAUGGGGCACCGUUCACGGUGCGUACGGACAACUUUGUUGUCCAGGCUUUUCUGACAAAACCGAAGCUUACUCCUCGACAGGCUCGCUGGUGGCACGACCUAUCCGAGUUAAGUUUCACCACUAAGCACAUCAAGGGUGAGACUAACCGGGUCGCAGAUGCCUUAUCCCGGCGCCCUGACCACGAUCAGGAGCACAUCCAGCUCUAUUUCAUCUCGGUCAGCACCGUCCACCACUCGGUGAUCGACGAGUUUCGCACUCAGUACCGCCACUGCCCUGACUAUCGCGACAUCCACGCGACCCUUCGGAGUGGCAAGACCGUCCCGAACUACUCUCUCAGGGACAACGGUCUCGUGUACUGGCACGGUUCAGAGGGCACCAGAGAGCCCCGUAUUUGCGUUCCCUCCACUGUACAGCUACGUGUCCGAGCAGUAGCAGAGUUCCACGACCACGCAGUCGCCGAUCAUAUAGGCUUCCACAAGACGUUGGCUUGUGUGAGCCGCCUAUACGUCUGGCCGAAGCGCAAGGACUUUGUGAAGGACUACGUCGCAGAGUGUCCCACCUGUCAGGAGGUGAGCAGUGCGAACCACCUGCCUUAUGGUUUGCUUCAGCCUCUUCCUAUCCCUGAGGGUCGUUGGCAGUCCAUCUCGAUGGACUUUAUCGGUCCUCUUCGACCUCCGACCCCCCGCGGUCAUGAUGCUAUCCUGGUCGUCGUCGACCCCUUCACGAAGCGUGCGCACUUUGUUCCGUGCCACUAUGCUAUCAGUGCACGUGAGGUCGCCGACAUCGUGUUUGACCGAGUCGUGCGUGACCACGACUUACAUCUGAGCAUCAUAUCUGACCGUGACCCGCGCUUUACCAGCCGAUUCUGGCGACGACUCCACGAGGUGUACGGCACUCAGCUCCGCUUCUCCUCGUCUUACCAUCCUCAGACUGAUGGUCAGACCGAGAACACGAACAGGACUCUCAGAGAUAUUCUCCGAAAGAUUGUUCGUGACGACCAGCAGUGGGAUCUCCAUCUUGCCCACGCGGAGAUAGCCUACAACCACGCCGUCUCGCUAGCCACGGGGAUGUCGCCUUACUAUUGCGACCUCGGCUAUCACCCUCGUGUUCCCGCAAACUUCCUUCAACCAUCCCAGCUGCACCCCGACACGAGUUGUCCCGCGCUGGACGAUUGGGUUAGAGACAUGACGUCGAUCAUGAAGACCGCACAUGAGCAUAUAGUCGCUUCUCAGACUCGCAUGGCAGCACGUGCGAACCGAUCGAGGAUGGAUCAUCCAUUCAAAAUCGGUGAUGAUGUGCUUAUCGACGCCCGCCACUUACAACUCGAAGCGGACACGCUUCGCAAGUUUCGGCGUCGCUUCUUUGGCCCAUGCCGCAUCCUCCAGGCCGUCGGUUCUGAUACGGCAUCUAGCCCGGUCAGCUUCUGUGUGAAGCUGCCCGACUACCUACGCCAGGCUCGUGUGCACGAUGUCUACCACGUCUCGUUACUGCGUCCUUACCGCAGACCGUCUAAGCGUUUCGCCGGACGACCAUACGAGCACCCUCCACCCAUCAUGGUGGACGGUCACGAGGAGUUCCUCGUUUCAGACAUCAUUGGUCGCCGAGUCACCAACGACAACCCUCCCCACGUCGAGUAUCUCGUACGUUGGAAGGGUUACCUUGAUGAGGAGGCUACCUGGGAGCCCCUCGAGCACUUGCAGCACGCUCGCAUGUUGGUGCGUGCCUAUGACCAUGCUCGUCGUGCUCGGUUCACUGCUCCUCUUCAGCCCACUGACCCUCCUCCUUCUCCUCCGGCUGAGGAGACCGCUGAAGUCGAGCCUGCUCCAUCUGAGGUAGACCUUCAGCAGCAGCCGGAUGCUUCUGAGCGUCCACAGCGCACUCGCCGUCGCCCUGCUCGAUACGACGAUUGACUCUGACUUACCUUCCCACGUCCUUGACUUCUCAGUACUCCAUCCACAUC